UGGUUUCAAGAUACAUUCGUGCAAUCGCUCAGUCUAAAUAAUGCAGAAGUCACCUGCAUAACACUGCAGUAUUGACGACAGGUAGAUACUAUUGUUUGGAAGGAAAGUAACACAAUCCCAGAUCACAUUGAUAUGAGUUAAACCCUUGUCCUACAUACAGCAGCUGCAGCGGCGUAUUCUAUGAUUUCUGUGGCCCUAUAAGCAGGUCUAAUGACAGCUUGAAGAAAUUCUGCUCUUUGGCAUUACAUGUACAAUAAGGCUUCAUUCUAUAAACUGGUGUCUGAUAUGACUUUUAUGUUUGGGUUGAAUCUUUGAGGACAUCAGAAUAUUCGUAUCAUCAUGGUUCAGUUGCUCCCAGCCCAAGAAGCAGCCAGAAUCUACCACACUAACUAUGUACGCAAUGCUCGUGCUAUCGGUGUAUUAUGGGCCGUGUUCACAAUCUGCUUCAACAUCGUCAUGGUCGAAGUCUUUAUCCAACCUUACUGGAUCGGUGACAGCCUAAACACCCCACAAGCUGGCUAUUUUGGCCUGUUCAGUUAUUGUAUUGGCAAUGCUUUGACUUCAGAACUUAUCUGUAAGGGAAGUGCCUUGGACUUUGAAAGUAUUCCUUCGGGAGCUUUCAAGACAGCCAUGUUUUUUGUAGGGAUCUCAAUGUUCCUGGUGAUGGGCUCUAUGUUAUGUUUCAGUCUUUUCUUUUUCUGCAAUUCAGCCACCGUGUACAAGAUCUGUGCAUGGAUGCAGUUAGCUGCAGCUGCUGGCCUAAUGAUUGGAUGCUUAAUUUAUCCUGAUGGAUGGGACUCUACAGAGGUCAAGCGUAUGUGUGGGGAUAAGACCGAUAAAUAUACAUUGGGAGCAUGUACAGUGCGUUGGGCCUAUAUUCUCGCCAUCAUUGCAAUCAUGGAUGCCCUUAUACUCUCUUUUCUUGCCUUUGUCCUGGGGAACAGGCAAGAUAGCUUGCUGCCAGAAGAUUUCAAGAUACAGAACAAAGAAGAAGAUGGUGGCUGAAAAAUAUUAUCAUCGAUGGCCUUCAGUGACGUUCAUGGAGCUUCAUUGGUUUGCAUUUCUCUUUUUUGUAAGAAGAGCAAGUACUCGGUGCUGGUGAUUAACUCUAUGACGAGAGGCCCUGCCUACUGUACAGAAUUGACCUUACACUGUCCUUCAUUGAUGUGAAAUUAAAAAG